CACCUUCACAUUUCAUUACCGAGCUUAAAAUUCACCAUCUUUAUUAACUUAUCACCACUCAUUUAAUAUUAGUAUUUCCACUGUUACCUAAAGCUGUGCUCAAAACUCAUACUGGGCCUUAAGAAUAGCCAUUUCAAAUGUUAAAAUUGCGCUUAAACCUUAUUCUUAGAGCGGAGAGAGACAGCAUGAACUUCGACUAAUGCAAGGAGCAUAUGCUUGAACGCUGCCAAACUUUCAUUGGAGUAAGGGUGUUAGGCACCUAAUUUUCACUCUUCGUUUUUUAAUUUCAUGGUAAAGUUUUCUACUACAGGUUUCGCCACUACCACCACCGUUACCUCCACUACUGCCACUACUAAUAUUACUGCUGCAGCUACAUCAACGUGCUGUCAAUGCCGCUGCUUUAUCAAGGAAAACACUAAAGGAGAUAUAUUGUGCUUAUGCAUUAUACUUUUCAUCUUAUUUAUCAGAGUGUUGACGUCACUUCUGAAUCGAUGAGCCGACAAAUCAGUAGACAAACAAGCCAAGCCAGCACCGCAAGGCGGAUCAGCAGUAUUCGUGAAGAGGAUUUAAGGCCAACAGCUCAGACAACAGCAAUUGGCGAGUCUCCAGAUGAAGUCUUUCCCAAGGAGAGAAAACCACAUGAAACGUCUACAAUCAUGAAGCAAGUGUGUGACGCAGGAACGAUGACUGCCCCUGAAGUACAAGAGCACGUUGGCGGAGACAUGAUUAGACGACAAGACUCAACCGUCAGCGAGAUAGUGGACGGACCUGUCAGACUCAAGGAAUUAAGAGGUGUUCCCAUCCAACAAAUUGAGGAGGUGGGGACAGGACAAGGGAGAGAGAGUGGAGUUACCACAAUCCAAAUAGACAAUCAACAGCAAACCUUGUCACCAAAGAAGGACGCACAAGGAUGGUGGAAUGCUUUUACGGCAGAGGACGUUGACCGCUUACUGGAGCUUGGGAACUGGGGCCGAUGGAAUACGUAUACUGCCGAGGACGUAGACAGAAUGUUCCAACUGGGCCCUGUUAGACGACGGAGUCUUCGUCGGGGAUCUUACGAGAGAAGAUCUCUUAGAAGAUAUCCUCGGCGCUCACGGGAUGAUCACGUGGAUGUUCACGUGAGAGUUAGAGGAAGGCAGGAAACACGCAGUCGUCCCCAGUGCAUCAUUGCCCAGGCCGCGCCAGAAGAGAAGGCCAUAGUGCUGAGAGACACUAAAGAGACUGCUGAUCCCUUCAUUAGAAAGAUCAAAGUCGAUGAUGUCUAUGGUGCGGAUGCUGUGAGGGUCGAGAAUGGUGUUGUUAAAAUUAAAGUUGGUGACUUAACGUCUAGAGGAAAAAGAGCUUGGGCGAGGAUUCUACAGCAGAAAAACCGCAUCGUUGAGUCGGACGGCACUGUCACUAUCCCAGUCAACCAAGAUCAUUACGAAGAUGGCGUAUACUACACAAACUACUACCAAGGACAAGAGCAAGACGGCACCGUGCGAAUACCAAUCACAGUCAAGAUACAGGAACAGAACAAAGCCAAGGCCAACAAGCUACGCGUUGUCAGGGAGAUGAAAAGAAGCGGAAGCAUGAGACGCAAGCGAAGGACCGCUGGUAGCAGAGGGUAUAUCGUGGGCGCACGGUACUACAGUGGGAACUUGAUGUUGAAGUCUGCUGAUGGAUAUCGCUCGCAGGGAAAUCAGCGGGAGAUUGUUUUGAGGCAACGGCAAGACGGUGCAAAGAUUGCUAGCAAUGAAAUUGUG